AUGUGCCUUCCCGAGGACCACCUCCAGUCCACCCCGCUAGCCCAGUUGCCGCCGCUGCUGUUAGCAGGGGUGCCCAUAGCCACCGCCCUGCUGCUGCUGGCCCAGUGCCUGUACUGGCUGUGCCCGUGGGGCCGACGCCGGGGCAGCCGGCGGGUCUCCGCGGAGCCGGCCGGCCUCUCCCUGCCCAGCCUGGAGGGCUCCGCCCCGGGCCCCUGCGCCCCCGUCUCCCUCUCUGAGGCCGAGGCCUUCUACCACGAGCUGGCCACCCCCACCGAAGGCCGCGUCCGCAUCGAGCGGCUGCUGCACAAGCUCCUGGUGUUCACGGGGAGAGAGGUGGGCCACCGCGGAGGCUGCCUCAUGCUCCCUGACAUGGGCAUCUCGCUAGUCAUCCCCCCAGGUGCCGUGGAGCCGGGGCGCACGGAGCGCGUGUCCCUAGUGCUGGUGUGGGACCUAAGCGAUGCUCCGGCCCUGACCAACCGGCAGGCCCUGGUCAGCCCGGUGGUGUCCUGCGGCCCCCACGGUGCCUCCUUCCGCCGGCCCUGCACGCUGACUUUCAAGCACUGUGCCCAGCUCCCCAGCCAGGCCCGGGCGUUCACCAGUGACACGGCCCUGCUGGAUCCCAAGACCUGGCACCCCGUGGGCAGCAGCCAGGCCCGGACUACCCGCGACGAAUGCUGCAUCCAGCUCUCUCACUUCAGCCUCUACACUUGCGUCUUGGAGGCCCAGGCCCGGCACGAUGCCCACAAGUGGCUCCAGCUUGCCAUCUUCUGCUCACCCUUGGCCCCCAGCCAGUCCCACCUGCAGCUCCGGAUCUAUUUCCUGAACAACACACCCUGUGCCCUUCAGUGGGCAAUGACCAACGAGCAUCCCUACGGGGGCUGCCUCCGGGGGCCCUGCCAGCUCUUCGACUUUACCGGGGCCCGGGGAGACCAGUGCCUGGCGCUCACCUACCUCUCGGACGGUUGGGAAAAUGUGGACGCCGGCAGUUGCCAGGUGGUCCCUCACCUGCACAUCUGGCACGGGAAGUGUCCCUUCCGCUCCUUCUGCUUCCGCAAGAAAGCAGCUAAUGAGAAUGAGGAUGGCUGCCCACCGACCAACGAGAUCAUUGUCACAAUGCACACCUACCAGGAUGGUUUCCAAACCAAAUACGCCGAGAUCCUGAGGUUUCAAGCAUCAGAGGAGAAAUCCCAGACCCUUCCUCCUCCUGCCUUACAGCCAGCACUCAGCAAUAGGCUGCCCCGGGAGCUGUUUGACCAGCUGCAGAUGCUCCUGGAGCCCAGCAGCGUCACGGGCAACGACUGGCGCAGACUGGCGGCCCGCCUGGGCCUCUGUGGCAUGAAGAUCAGGUUCCUGUCAUGUCAGCGCAGCCCAGCGGCGGCGGUCCUGGAGCUGUUUGAGGAGCAGAAUGGGAGCCUUCAGACCCUGCACCGCCUCAUGGUCUCCAUGGAGAGGCUGGACUGCGCCUCGGCCAUCCAGGACUUUCUGGUCGGACAGCAGGAUGUCCUGCCACUGCCCCUCCUGGAAACACCGGCCAACCUGCCCGGGGCCCCGGAGAACGAGGAGCUGCAGCUGGAUGAGAAACUGUGAGCAGCGGGGGGCUGGGCAAGGAUCCCCCACUCCCAGGGGCACCUGGCUGGACACCC